AUGUUUAUAAAAAACGUAUGCCCAACGAGAUGGUCAUCAAGAUUUAGUGUUUGUAAGAGUUUGAAAAUUGGGUUUAAAGGAGUGUUAAAUUCAUUGAAAUCUAUAGCUUUGAAUUUGGAUCAGAAAGCUGCUAUAAGACAUGAAGCAGGAUCCAUGUAUAAAAAAAUUGACACGCACGAGUUCUCAUUUACAAGUAAAAAUUUACAACGUAAGGAAAUUGACAAUGAAAUUGUACGCAAAAAAUCAAAACAAUUAGUAGCUAUCCAUAGUGAAAAUUUAGAACCUGACCUCGAGAAUGAGAUCAUUCAAUUUAAAACUAUAGUGAAAAAUUUUUCUGCAGAAGAAAAAUCAUCUAUGCACAGUUUGCUUGAAGCAUUAACAACAUCAAAGUUAAACGAUUCAUUUCCUAAUGUGGAAAUAGCUUUAAAACUGUUUGUGUCCAUACCAUGCUCAAACGGUAGCGGAGAGAGAUCAUUCUCCGUUUUAAAGAGAGUGAAGAACUACCAAAGAACAUCAUUAUCUGUUGAAAAGAUGUCAUCGUUGGCUCUAAUGAACAUUGAGAAUUGCGUCCUACAAAGUACGGAUUGGAAUGAUUUUGUUAAAGAAUUUGCUGCACAGAAAGCUAGACAAAAGUUGUAA